GACACCUACGACUUCGGAGAUGCUAAGAACGAGUUGGGCUCGGAUCUGGUCCGGUCUGUGCUGGAGGGCUGCGGGAUUCAGUCUCCGACUGCUGGUACAGACGCAGAGCCCCUGGCGCUCUUCCGUAAGGGGGAGAUGACGUACCUGGUCUUGCUCUCAGAUGCGCGAUUUCCGCAGAUGCCCGGCUGGGGUUGGAGCUUCGAGCGGAUCGCAUGCUACUGCUGGCGGGAAGAGACCGCUCCAGCCGAUGCCGUGCCGGUGAACUGCUGGCGCAAGGGGGAGGCCGCCCUCUAUGGCACCGGCAGCUACGAGUCUGCAGCACUCGCUUGCGGCUUCGCCUUCGAGUCUGUGGCCUUCUAUGCGCUGCCACCGUCUGCGAGUCCGCCCAGGGAGCUCUCUGCCGUGCAUGAGUGGCGAAAGGAGGAGAUGACCUACUAUUCACGAGAUGACUGGGAGUCCAACGGAAGCUUUCCGUCGUGGGGCUGGACGCACCACCGUGUGGCGUUUUGCGCCCCCUUGGCCCAGCUCAGCUGA